AUGGCGUCCACCUGUGUAGUUCAGGAACAGCCACAACAAACAGCGCACGAGACGAACAUUACGCUCGAGGUUCUUCCUCGUGAGGUUUCAGCGGCAGAGUCCCUAUGUGGUGACUCGGAUAGCUUUCGAGCGUUAGAAAAGUGGAAUCAACCUCGUAUCAACAUCUAUCGCUCUUUCUCGACCUUUUGGAGUUUCUUGGUGAUGGGAGCGAACGAUGCGGCGUACGGUCUCGAAACAUACUAUAACCUCUCAUACACGAUUGUGUCACUGGUAUUUUUAUCACCUCUGGUGGGCUAUACUCUUGCAGCAUUUCUCAACCACCGCAUCCACUCCAGUCUGGGACAGCGUGGUGUGGCAUUAAUUGGACCAGGGUGCCAUCUGAUCGCAUACAUCGUGAACUGCACGCAUCCACCGUACCCAGUACUCGUGGUCUCCUUCAUAUUUGCCGGCUUUGGAAAUGGCCUAGAGGAUGCUGCGUGGAAUGCAUGGAUCGGUAACAUGGCUAAUGCCAAUGAGCUGCUGGGUCUUCUCCACGGUGUAUAUGGCGUAGGUGCCGUCCUGAGUCCGUUGAUUGCGACGUCGAUGAUCGCCAGAGCCCAUCUGCCCUGGCACUUUUUUUAUUAUGUCAUGGUGGGAUUUGCAGUUGUCGAGCUUGCGACCUGCGGUGCAUGCUUCUGGGAAUCUACGGGCGCGGUGUUCCGUGCAGCCAAUUCUCAUGCGAUCGGAGAUAAUAAAAAGGGUGGCCUCAAAAGUGCGUUGUUCAAGCGACCGUCGGCUCGGGUUACUUGGUUAUGUGCUCUGUUCCUGCUGGGUUAUGUGGGAGUGGAGGUCGCACUUGGUGGAUGGAUUGUCACCUAUAUGAUCCGUGUCCGACACGGAGCUCCAUUUGCUAGUGGUAUGACAGCCACUGGAUUCUGGCUGGGUAUCACUGUCGGCCGAGUAGUUUUAGGGUUUUUGACUCCGCGAGUGGGCGAAAAGAUGGCGAUUGCGGUGUAUAUUGUGCUUUCUAUGGCAUUCGGUCUGGUCCUGUGGCUCGUGCCUCACUUCUAUGCGUCCGCCGUGGCAGUUUCACUGCAGGGCUUCUUCCUGGGUCCACUCUUCCCGGGCGCAGUAGUGAUGAUCACGAAACUCCUCCCACGACACCUCCAUGUGAGUUCGAUCGGAUUCACCGCUGCAUUUGGAGGCAGCGGAGCGGCCAUUCUGCCCUUCGCCGUGGGAGCGCUGGCACAGGCCAAGGGAGUCGAAGUGUUGCAGCCGUUCAUCAUCGCUCUGUCCGGAGCCAUCUUCCUCGCGUGGCUGGGAUUACCGCGGGUGUCGAAGGCGCGACGGAACGAGUAG